AUGAUGUCUACAGUAGGCCAGUUGCCGACUAUCGUAUGUAUUGUUGAUGAUAAAUUUGACACUGAACCAGUUUCCACUCAGAAAUCUCAAGAGCGAUUGAUCAAUUGUUUUCAAAAUGAAUUUUCUCAAAAACAAUGGGCAGCCAACAUCCGCUGGACAACCGUUCCUUCAUCCAAUACGACCAAGGAUUUGAAUCAACUUAGAAAGAAACGGCGUGCAGAACGACUCAGUGCAACUUUUACUAAUUUGUUUCAAGAGCUCAACGAAGCAAUUAUUAACCGACCAUCUUUUCAUUCUAUCUUUGCUAUUCAAUCAACAUAUCUCACCAAUUGCUUUGAUACUACUCAUCAUAUGACCGUGCGACAUGCAGUAUUCAAAACGGACGACGAGCCCAACAAUUUCUUUGAGCAUCCAUGUGGUCAAAAUGAGAAUGUCACAACCAAUACGUCCAUUCCCAAUUGUCCCUCGCAAACUGAACCUGCCGACAAACAAUCUUCCAAUAUAGUCAGCUGCACAAAUCUAAGUGAGUACCCUAGCUCUUUGGAAGCUUUUUCACAUACAACAACAUCACAAACUACGGCACCAAUAAUAGAUCAUAAUACGGAAAACACUUUAGCCGAAAUACAAACAGAAAAUCUUGCCCCAAAGUUAGAGCAAAAAGUGAAAGAUUCAAAAUCUAUGGAAUCGACUAUUGUAGAAUUUGAAAUCAUUUUUUCUUGUAUUCGCCAAGAAAAAUAUCAAUUAGCAGAUUUAGUACAAAUGGGUGAGCUGAUUUAUAUUACAAAAACAUUAAGGGAUAUAUUACAGGAUAUUUUUAAUCGAUACAAACAACAUCAGUCAUUUUCACAAUUCGUAAACGAUUGUUUAACACCAAUGAUAUAUUUAUUAAAACGACAACAAAAUCUAACAAAUUUCAUGAAAACAUUAUUUAAACUAAGUAAAUCGAUGAAACUGGAUAAAUCUCUAGCAAAACCUCUUUCAAAACUCAGUUUACGAAUGCUUAUAGACGUACUUCUAAGAAGUUCCGAUGAUUUAGUUUCUCGAAUAGUUCUGUUACUUUUAAGUAAACAGAAUCCUGUGCCACUUUCGCACCCAACACUUCAAAAGAUGGAAAUAACACGUGAAAUGUUUUAUCUUUGGAGUUUCAAUUAUCCAACAGUUUUGUCAUUUGGUGUUGGUUCAUGUACUGGAAAAUCUUCAUUAUUAAAUUUACUAUUUAUGUCUUCUUUUGAGCAACACGUAGAAAGCAUUUAUUUCCAGAGUACCAUUGACAUUGAUUUUGGUUAUCAUUUUACCGUGAAACGUCCUCUGAAUAUUGCUGAUAUCCAUGGGCAGCCAACAUUAGAAUUUAUUGAAAGACUCCAAGUUCUAUUCGAUGGAUUUAUAAUACAUGUCACCAAUGAUUAUCUACAAAACAAUACGGGUCAACUGUUCAAGUUCCUAAGUAUCUUGCCAGUACAAAAGCUUCGCAUGAUUAUUGUGCGAGAUGUUCCCGAUGACGUUGAUAUAGAUGACGACGAGAACUUUCCAGAUUCAUUAUCACAAUUUUCUAAAUGCCAGUUGCCAGAUUUAAGGAGUCAAGAUAACAAUCAAAAUGAACAUUUAGUGGAAAAAGUACGUGAUAUGAUUUUUAGAGAUGUCCGAAAGAACUUCUAUAUAGCUAACACUUGGUCGUCACAAGACCCAAUGAUAAAAAAAGAUGGCAAGCGAAUACAAAUUAAAAAUCUAAUAAAUGCAGAUUAUGCUAUGGCAAUGCAAAAUAGUACAACAGUAGUUUCGCAACUAAAGGAUCAUUUACUCGAUGUUCAAAAACAAGCAACUAAAAUAAGAAAUGAAUACUCUCAAAAGCCUGAAGGAGGCAAAGUUCUGCAAGAAAUUCUAAAAUCUUAUUAUCCGGUCUAUUUAUUGUUCGUUGAAUGUUGUCGGUUGAUGCAACAGCUAACAAAAAUUACUUUUUAUGGUGAACAGAGUGAUAAAAUUUUUAAAAUACAAAAUGAUUCAUUUAAAAAAAAUCAAGAAUUAGCGAAUGUUAAUCAGCACGAAUGUGGCGUUAUCUUUCAAGAUUUUCUUCAGUUGCUCGACGAACAAAAUGCAUCGAUGUUGAUGAAUCUUGACACUUUAUCAUUAGAAUUAAAGCUGGAAAAGAGUUUUUUACUAUCGGAGAACUUAUUAGCAGGAGAUCUGUCAGUUGAAAAUGCUCUUUCUAUCGAAGUCUUGUGGCGUAAUGCUAUUGUUUGUUAUAAAAGUCAACCACCGAAUAUACAAAAAUGUAUAAGGGAAUCUUAUUACAAAUAUACCGAAGCUGGCUUUCCAUUUGAAAUCGUUGAUGGUGAUAAUUUUUGUUUACAAUAUGACUUUUUACGUGAAGCUCUGUCGAAUUUUCAAAACAAAAAAAUUCUUGUGAUCAGUAUCAUUGGACCUCAAAAUUCUGGUAAAAGUACAUUACUUAACUAUAUGUUUGGUACUUUAUUCGAUGUUCGAGAUGGACGAUGUACAAGAGGUAUAUAUGGUUCUCUUGUUAAAUCUAAUUCAGCAGAGUUUGAAUACAUUAUGUUAAUUGAUACUGAAGGAUUGUCAUCUGGUGAAAAAGAAGAUUUAGAAUACGAUCGGCGAAUCGUUUUAUUUUGUUUAGCUGUUAGUCAUCUGGUUAUCAUAAAUAUCAAAGGUGAAUUAGACAGUACAAUGAACAAAAUGGUCACAUUAUGUGCUCAUAGUUUACAAAAUCUUGGUGUUAACAGAGUUCCUGAACCGAUGGUGCAUUUCGUUCUUAACCAAAAAGCAUUUGGUUUAGAUAUAAAAAACCAUGAUGAAGUUAUAAGCAAGCUUUUGGGAAAUUUGAAGAAAGACAAUUUGGAUAAGGUUAUUGCAAUUACUCCAGAUACAUUUCAUACAUUACCAACAGCCUAUAAACCGGAACGACUAAAUCUUAAUGAAGAAAAACUGGAGCAGAUGCCUCGUGUCACCCAUACUAUACCAGAUUAUAUAGAACACGCACAGCUUCUAUGUGGAAAACUAAUGAGUUCUGCUACGCAAUGUUUUCUAAAAUCAAUGGCACAUUUUUCCGAUGCACCUCAAUGGCUCACAUUUUCUAAUACCGUCUUUGAUGUGUUGUUGAAAUUUCCCGAUCUAACAUAUUUUGUUGAUAUUCACGAAAAAAAUCAAGAUCUGAUUAUUCGAGAACAUGUGCGACAAGCAAUAGAAAGGAAAUUAACCGUAUCUCAGCGUGACAUAAUCAUUACUGAAACACGCUUAUCAACUGAAAAACAACUUGAUGAGCAUAUUGAUGGAUUCUUUGCUGAAGUCUUAGAGAAUUUGAGACAUGACUUAGAAGAAACACUAACUGAACAUCAGGCAUCACAAACAAUACGAAAACGCGGUAAUGAGUUUCUGAUUACACAGUUAAGCGGCAAUAAAAAUGCAUGGAAAACUACAGCACUUCAAGCAAAUGAUCGCGUCAGAACAGAAGAUUUAUGGCACACAGGAGGUGAAGAAAUGAGGCAGCUGGUCGAGGAUUCAAUAAAUAGCGGUGUAAAAUAUGAAAAAGAAUCUGCCGACAAGAAGUUUGAAAAAAUGUGGGAUGACAAAAUUAACAGUAUUCGAAACAAAUUCAAAGAAGAUGAACGUUUAGAAAUUGCAAUUAAAUAUAUUUAUCCGAACUACCACAGCUUCGAAAAGAAGAAUUUACCCGCAAGCGAUUAUAUUUUAAGAUUGGUUCCACAAAUGAAACAGCUCACUGAACCCGAAUUGACUUCAAUAAAAAAUAAGAUGCGAGAAAUAUUCAUUCGUGAAGUGUCAGAUCAUGCAAAUAUUGAAAAGCAUCGAAUUGUGCGUGACGCUUUGCCUGAAUAUUCACUAGAAACUUUGAGAAACUUGAAGUACCUUAAUGACAAUAUUCUCUGUGCAUUAUUUAAUAACGUCGACCUAUCGCGAAGCUAUGAUCUUCAUGGAUAUACUGGUGAAAAUAUGUUACACACAAGCGCAUUUAAAUCUACGUACCAAUCAAAGCCAACGGAGCAAUCGUCAGUGUUCAGUAUGUUUAGUAAAGACAAUAUUAAGAAAGGUAUUCAGUAUAUUGUUUCGGGUGGAAGAAAUAAAAAUAAGAAGUACACAUCUACAGAUGUAUCUUCACAGUCAAUUCCAUUAUCUUCCGGAGAAUUUCGAAAACAUGUGGUUAAAUUACUGAAUGAGGAAGGAGUACAUGACAAUAAAGAGAAAAUUUUACCAUUGUUAGCUAUAUAUGAUUACAUAUAUGAUCAAAUUAUAAAUUUGUUACAUCGUAAUGGGAUAGGAGCUGUUGCGAUCGAAAUCGAUAUCAUACAAAAACUUGUUGGUAUAAUCAAUACAUUUCUGAAAGAAAUCGAUUUAGACCUAAACUUAUUCCAUACAUCAUUGUCGAAACACGUUGUAUCAUCCUUUCAUACAGUGUGUGUUUUGCUAUUAACAAGAUUUUAUUUUAAAGAACAAAAUGAUCAUUUCAAUCAACAAAUUCAUGCACUUAAGCAAAUGAAAUCCGGCCUAAAAAGUUAUUUUUUACGUAUGGUAGUCCCAAAUAUUGAAAUGGAUUCUGGUUUUGCUAAAAGUUCUACUGAACGAAUUGCUGAUAUUUUGCAAGCGACUUUAAAUCAAAAAGCUACUUUUAUAAUUGAUAAUGAACUGAAAGAUGAAACAGAAUUUUCUCGUAAAACUAUACAACUUCAAUGUGACAAAGCUUAUGUAGGUCAUAAGAAAAGUUCUGAUACAGAAACGAUCGACUGGCACAUUGAAUAUAUUAUGGACCCAACUAAAAUCAUCGAGCAAGGUUUCGAAAAAAUAUGGGCAAGAAAAGAGCGUGAUAUUGAAAUAUUAAUAAAAAAAGAACGUGAUCAGCUCGCAGAAGUAUUUGCUGAUUAUGUGUUUGUACUACAGCGUAUACUUGAAAAUCUCAAGAGUAAAAAAUUAUCUAAAUCUGGUGUGCAGUUAAUUGAUAAUUUGUUUGAAACAUCAACAGGAGAAGUUGGUCAAAAUUUAAUCAACAAAGGUAAAUGUAUAGCAACAGUUCUGUAUAAUUAUCUUUCAAAUCAAAAAAUUCAAGAGAAAUAUAAAGUCGCUGAUACUGAAUACAUUCUUAAAGAUGUCAAUCUGUUUCGGAUGUUAGUUGAACCCAAGCGAACCGUUAUAGAUAUAAUGAAUACAGAGCAAAUGAAAAAAGAAUAUGAACAAUGUUCGAUUAACGAUCUAUUUCGUUUUCUUGAAAACUUAAUUGACUUUGGACAGGCUAAGAAGAAAGAAUUUGAACAACUUCCAGUGGAUCUUGUCAAUGUGGAUUCUAAUGAUCGAAAACGUAAACUAUUAUCUAAAGCCAAAGGAUGUGAAAUUUUGUGUCCCUGUUGUGUUCGUCCAUGUGAUGUCGAUCAUACAAAAACUAAGGCAGCAUCCGGUAGUGAAUACAAUAAACAUCAAUGCCAAACAGGGCAUCAGUACAGAUGUAUGGGUGGUACAAAAUUAGAAUAUACGAAUGAAGCGUCGGUAAAAAUGUGUGAAGAAAUAAAAGACGAUGACAUGAUUGUUACAAGCACAGGGCGUAUUAGUUGGAAAGAAUUUAAAGAUAUUCACACAGACUGGGAUUUUGACACUCGACACCUAUCAGCAACAAAAAUUGAGGAGUUGAGAAUGAAAUACGCAACAAUUUGGGGAUUAAUUGGUAAGAAGUUAUGCAACGAUUUUUAUCCGGGCAUGGCGUAUGUAGAGACAAAUGUAGAGCCGACACAACAUUUUAUACUACUUCUGGAUAAUUCUGGUUCAAUGAGGGGAUCAGCACCUAAUAGUCGAUGGUCAGAUUUGCUGAAUGCUGUUGAAAGAUUUUUAAUUAUAAGGAAAUCAUCGAAGACAGUGGAUGUAAUAUCUGUAAUUAUAUUUGGAGACCGUGCAGCAAUAGCCUGUUGUAAUGAAUGUAUUAAAUCUUUCGAUGUUAUGUCAAAAAUCAAAGAAAAGGAAAAUACUGUUGGUAGUGGAACGAAUUUUUCAAAACCAAUCGCUUUAAUCAAAGAUACAAUCGAUGUUGCAAAUAAUAAGAAAGUUGUUACGUCAUUAGUUCACUCGGUUAUUUUUCUAAGUGACGGUGAAGCAUCGUAUCCAACCACGGAAUUAAAGAUGUUGAAGGUUAAUUGUGGUUCUAUGAUAGCAAACUUUUGGUCAAUGGGUCUUGGUACAUCUAACUUUAAUGUAUUAGAACGUAUCAAUAAAGAAAUGAAUGGAACAUUCAUUAAUAUCGGCGAUUCGAAGGAUUUGGUUACAGCUUAUGCUGAAAUUGCAUCUGGUCGUUUAUCAAAAAAAACUCCAUAG